AUGGGGAAAGCAGAGUUCGGCACGACCAAGCAUCUGAGCAACCAGAUGAAGGCCAAGGGCCUCCAGCGCCUUCGCUUCUACUGCACACCAUGCCAGCGUCAGAUGCGCGACGACAAUGCCUUCAAGCAGCACUGCAUGAGCGAGUCGCACGUGCGCAACAUGCUCAUCGUGGGCGAGGACCCGAAAAAGUACAUUCGCGAGUACAGCGACGCCUUCCUCAAGGACUUUAUCAACCUGCUCAAGACGGGCCACCGCGACAAGCAGGUCCAGAUCAACCACUUUUACCAAGAGUACAUCGCCAACAAGGAGCACGUCCACAUGAACAGCACUCAGUGGUCCAGCCUGACAGAGUUUGCCAAAUACCUGGGCAAGGAGGGCAUAUGUCGCGUCGAGGAGAACGAGAAGGGCAUCCACAUAUCCUGGAUCGACGACUCGCCCGAGGCGCUCAAGAGGCAAGAGGCGCUUAGAAGGAAAGAGGCACAGGACAGGGGUGAUGAGGAGCGGGAGCAGCGCUUACUGAAGGAGCAGAUAAAGCGCGCGCAAAAGGAUGCCGCUGCUCGAGCAGCCGGGGAGAAUGGCACAUCAACAGAGCAAGACCAGGAGGACAAGGGGUUGCGACGGGAAGAAGGCGAGAAGAUCAAACUGUCUAUCGGAGCUAAGCCUACAGCCAGCAAACCGGAACCCGCCCCAGCAGAGCAGCCCGCUGCUGCAACUGCCGACAAAGAAACCCCAGCAACUGGAGAGUCCAAGGCGACGGAAGCGACCACAGAUACCAAGCCUGUGUCGUUGAAGUUUGGGGCAAAGCCAGCUACCAAGAACGUUUUUGCCGCCAAGAAAAACGCUUUUUCCAGUGGCGCAAAGAAAGUCAAGAUUGAGCAACCCAAAAAGAUAAGCGAAGCAGAGAGGAUAAUGCGCGAGGAGAUGGAGCGCAAGAGGCCAAGAGAGUUUUCCGGUUCAGGUGGGCCUGGUAAACGCCAAAGGAUGUGA